AUGUGGCUGCUAUUUGCAUGGGGGCUAUUGGCAGAUGGAGCGCUCAUUGCGCAUCAAGGGAAUCAAGGACAUGCCCAGUGCAGCUAUAGCGCAAUCUAUCCAGAACAGUAUGUUGCCUAUAAGACGACCCAACUCUCUCCAGAGUCGCUGACAGGGAAUCUUUCCAGAGAGGUUUGGCAGGAAGUUGCCUGGACGAAGGACUUUGUGGACAUCUCCACUCACACCACGCCGGCGCUUCAGACCCGAGCCAAGAUUCGCUGGGAUGACAGUUUCCUCUAUGUGGCCGCAGAGCUGGAGGAGCCCAAGCCCUGGGCAACACUGCGAGAACAUGAUAGCGUCAUUUUCCAUGACAAUGAUUUCGAGGUUUUUGUUGAUGCCAAUGCAACGACACACUAUUACAAAGAGUUUGAAAUGAAUGCGUUCAACACAACUUGGAUGUUGGUCCUCAACAAACCCUACAACGAUGGUGGAUACGAGAACUCAACGCGUGUUUUUCCCAAUGGCUGGACCAUGCAACCUCCUUUGCGCAGUGUGGCCAGUGUGGUACCACCAGAUGCUCUGAAUAAUCCAAGCAAGCAGGGCAACCACUGGACAGUCGAGAUUGCGAUGCCCCUUGCAAGCCUCGUGCAGGAGACAGGCGCAGCAUUGCCGCAGCCGAGCACAUUCUGGCGAAUCAACUUUAGCCGAGUGCAGUGGCAUUUGAAGGUGAAUCCUGCCACAGGAAAGUAUGAGAAGAACGCGUCCUGUCAGUCGUGUCCAUCACCAGGGAGCCCCAAUGAAGACAAUUGGGUAUGGUCUCCACAGUAUGAGAUUGCUAUGCACCUUCCUGAGCGGUGGGGUAUCUUGCAAUUCGAAGAUUCGAUGGAGACUGGGGCUAGCUACUACCAAGAGUGGCCAAGCCGUAGUGCUGCGAUGGCCAUUUACUACGCACAACAUGCAUACGCUUCAGAUCAUGGAGGAAACUACACGGCGGUUUUGGCCGAGCUCUUGCCGUACUCCUCCGAUCCGUUCCCAAUCUGCAGUGAGGCUGAAACCUUCAUUACCGCGAGUGGUGGAGAGCAUUCCUUUUUUGAGGCUCGCGUGACAUCUCCUGCAGCCCCACAGUAUACGGCUACAGUUAGAAAUGAUAGAUUCCUUGUAGUUGCAGCAAGCUGA